UUUAUACCACCCCACUUUUGCCGACAUUGCACUCCUUCCAUUGACUCUCUUUAAAACAUCAUUCAAGCAUAGAGAGUACAGGAAGUGUGACUCCAUACUCGAGCUGGAUGUCAUCAGACUUGAAUAAAACGUCUCCGACCUCUCCAGCGGUUGCGGGGAGCCUGCAGGCUGCAGGUUCCACGGCAACCUAAAUGCCUAAUAGGCUGAGCAUGGCCGUUGCUCGGACCCGGUAGGCUGCUCUGCCAUAGCAACUCCCCCUGACCCCUCCCUCGCCGAGCCCCAGCCAGCAUCACCCUGCGCGCAGCUCAGACAUAUUUGGUCCUCCGGAAGUGUGCGCGGCUCGGAUGUCUAAAUGGGUGUGACCCAAAAUGGAUGGUCAGCUGGCUACAGUCCUGCCGAGAGGCAGCCCGGAGGGCCGACGUGGCAGCCCGGGCGCAGAAUCGCACGAACUGCUGCGAUCGGAGCCAAAGAGGGAGCUGCAGGGGACAGGUUCAGACGCUACCGGGGCAGGUAGCCUCUGGACGUGCCCCAUCAACCAGGAUGCUCUGUCAAUCAACGGGAGAAAGCCAGCGGAGGACGGGACUUGUGAGCCCGCCCCCCAGGAAUUGAGAGAGACUCAUGGGUCGAGGCAACCAAUCAGAAACCAAAUUGUGGUUUCCCCUCUGCGCCAGACGCCCAACGCCGACUCGGCCGCCAGACCCACCAAAGACUCGCCUUUCAGUAGUGCACAAAAACCAAACCAAAUAUCUACGGUCAAGACCAAGGACCAGAGAGUCGAGCUCACGGCAGGGACGCACGCUAGUGGCGAUGUUUUGCUCUCAGAGACCAUCCGCUCGGAUUUCUCAGAAAGCCUAAAAGAAUCGCAUACGGCCAGUGGCGUGAUAUUAGUCGGUCAGGGAGCGAAGAAAGAACAUUUCGAGAGGCAAGUUGAAGACUGUCUGAAGGACUUUGCCUGGGCGGAGGAGCAAAGCGAGCCGCUGGACCUGAGUCUGCCCAAGAAAAGAGAGAGCCGAGAGCCCAGGCACGCACGCUUUCUGGACCCGUGCGACAGCUUGCUGAUUAUGGAGGUGGACGAAUACGAGGGUGAGGGAGACCGGGAUGUGGUGGAGGAAGACGAAGUGGAACUGCCUUCCUUUUACCCCACAUCUGUCUUUACCAGGGACCUUCUUCUCAUCGACGACCAGGGCAUUCCGUACACGCUCAGUCCGGACGGACUCAGGGUGCCGCAAGUGGAUGUCGCCGUCUCCGAGGGCCCGGUUGAGAACGAAGGGGCCUCGCAGUUGCCCAACGCAGCAGUUUCAGACCUCAGCCAAAGUUUGGCCGAUGCACUAAAUGCACCUUCCGGUGAUCCGAUGCCUUCACGGGUUUCCGAGACGCCGUCUGUGACGCCACAAGUCUUGACUGGUUUGGAUACGAAUCCCUCCGAAGGCUGUGGACAAGCCAUCCCCAACCAGCCCAUCCAGAUUCUUACCACGCCUUCCUCUGGGGCUCCCAUUCUGCUCCCCUCUGCUCCACUGAGUUUUUCUCUUCCUCUGUCUGCCACCCCCGUCACCGCUGAUGCUUCCGGCCCAAUGUUCCUCCUCCUUUCCUCCAGUGGCUCCACCUCCACCCCGAUCGCCAUCCUGAACCCCGCCACCGGUCAGCUGUCCCAGCUUUCCCUUCCCCUGGCUUCCAGUAACACGUUGUCGUGCCCCGUCAUGGGAUUGGGCCUAAACAACCCCCCCGUGAUACUAUCGGGGGGAUCCGCCGGCAGCAUCCUGGCCCCGAAUCUGGCCCCCGUUUCCUCUUCGCUCAUUCCUACUCACGUCGCCUCCCCUGUUGGAAUUGAAGCCAUACCUACCGAGCAGGUCUCGAAUGAGAGCGAUAAGCCAUCAUCUUUAAGAACAGCCGCUGCUACUUUGACCCCCGAACCCUCAGACACGCGAUUGAUAGACCCCGACCCCUUGGCGGACUCUGAACGUUUACCCCUGGACGACCACAUGUACUUUUCCAGUGCCGCCGCUCCUCCCUCGCCACCAAAACUGGAGCCCCUGGACCCGCUGGACCCAGCGGACCCGCUUUCUCCCACGGAGUCCUCCAACGACCCUUCUGCCCGGCGGGUGCUCUACUGCCAGCUCUGCCCACGGAUCUUCUUUUACCUCUCGGAUCUGGAGCGCCACGCCAUCACGCACUCACAGAAGAAGCCUCACGUUUGCCAGCAGUGCGGCAAAGCCUUUAAGCGCUCCAGCCAUCUGCAGAGACACAAGCACAUCCACACGGGUCAGAGGAACUUCGUGUGUCCCAUCUGUGCCAAACGCUUCAGGGAGGCCGGCGAGCUCCAGCGCCACCAACGGGUUCACACGGGCGAGAAACCCUACCAGUGCCAACUUUGCCACACGCGCUUCGCCGAGCGCAACACGCUGCGACGCCACACCAAGCGCAAGCACCCCUUCCACCAAGUGGCCGUGGAAAUGCUCAACAACCGCGGCGGCGGUCGUCAUGAGGAAGAGGAGGAGCCUGCUGAAUGGUACAGCUCCACUGUGUCUCAUCUCGAAAACUCUGAUUCCGAAACGGAGACUUAAAAUGUCCCAGACAUACAAAGACGGGAGCACUUGCAAUAUUCAUAUUUAUGUUUUGAAAGCGACUUUAUUUUUAUGAAUGAAUGCUAUUUUCGUUGCAUUUCAAGACCCUGUAAAGUGACUUGGGAGAUUUGUUUCUCAAUCCAUUCGGCUUAGUUGGUGACCACAUGUCAAAGACUGACAACGCUAUUGCGGAGAGCAUGACACAUUUUUUUCAUCAUUUCACUUUUACUUGUUUUUGGGGCGUGGCCAAAACGGUGCCUGAUACACUUUGUGAUUUGUCAGGAAUCACCCGUCCCCUAAUAGGUAAGAACUUGAGCACCUUUGUUCGCCUCAACAGGUAUCCGGCGCAAUUGCGACACGCAGUUGGCUAGCCAGCUAUGCCUCCUCCCGAAAGGGCAUCUUCCCUUCAGAUAGUUAAUUGCCGUGGCUGCUUUCGAGUGCCUCAUAGUCAGCCACAAGUUUGCGCACGAUGCGGAGAAGGCGGAAAAAGCGAGGUAAAUUUUCUUUUUAAAGUCCCACGUGACGGCCAGUGUAGGGAAAAGGGGGUUUCGCACUGUCGUGACCGCUGUAGAGCGCCUCGUUGUUGCAAUGACCCGUUAAAAUUCCUCCAACUACUGGAGGGAUUUUUGGCAUAAGAAUGAUGCUCAUCCAAGUAGCAUCCAUUGCUCCAGUUGGUAGGAGUGGUAUUUGAUUGACCAUUGACAGUUGAGUGGGCGUGGUUUUAACUCGUGAAGAGAACACCGCCCCGGCAUUCAUGAGUGGAGAGAGCGCCUUAAUUUUUCAUCAUUUCAUGUACUUGCCCAUUUAUGUCAUCCUUCGUAUUUGGCAGGAGUCUUACCAUCAAUCUUCCCUGUGGUGUGUCGAUAUUUAUUUUCACUUAAAAGGGACUUUAAUGGGCAACAAAUGCUUUAUCAUGAGCUUUUUAGCUGAUUUUGACAGCGCAAUAUUGAAAUGGUAAUUUUGUUGUAAAUUCCCAACAUAUUUCCAUGCAAUUACAUUCCCGCACAAUCAAUGACGAGACCUUCAAGUGCUUAAAAAAAAAAAAAAAACCCAAAAACAUAACAAACAAAAAAACCCCACCUUAAACUCUUCUCAGCGUCUCCUUGUGUUCAACAAGGAGACGCUGCACUUCCUUGUAGUGGAAUCUGUAUUUCUUAACAGAACAGAAACACUGUGAGUCAUUUGCACUUGUUUUGUUUAGCACAAUAUUCACCUUUUUAUGUGGUGAAUUGAAAACAAAAAAGAAAGCUUUCUAUAUUUUGUUGCUGGCUGAUUUGAUGUAUUUAAUACAUAUAUUUCAAGACCAAA